CACUACACCGCGCACACGCCGAGUCCCGAGCAUCCAAAUCUUCAAACUCAAAGCUUAGGAAUUGAGGUGCGAUUACUGGUGUCAUAAAUUUGGGCCCUUAUCUAGGGUUUGCACGCUACAAAAAUCGGCGGCCUCUGUGGUCAAUCUUGAAAUACAAAUACAUACACACACACAUGCGCGUUCGAAUAACACCGACCAUGGGAGCUGCAGUAACAGCAAGAAAGCUCCUAUUACAGUACCCACUCAUCAAUCUCGUAUCAUCAUCAUCAUCAUCAGCAUCGUCAUUAUGUAAACCACUAUUACUACAAUCACCAUUUUCACGUCUCCACUCUCUUCUCGGUGCUACCAAUUUAUCAGCUACUACUGGCAAUAAUCGCAAUAAAAAGAACAAAGUAAAGCAAAAGAUGAAGGAAAAAGCAGCAGCAACAGCAGCAGAGGCGGUGGUGAAAAGGCGAACGCGAUCGGGAAAAGAGUUUGACGAGAAGACUUUUAUGCGUUACGGAGACAGUGCCACCCAUAUCCCGGUGAUGCUGGGGGAAGUCUUGGACGUCUUCGCCUCCGUCCCCCUCUUGUCCUUCGUCGAUUGUACCGUUGGCGCCGCCGGACACUCCUCCGCUAUAAUUCAGGCCCAUACUGAAAUGCAGCUCUAUAUUGGGCUGGAUGUUGAUCCUGAUGCACUUCAGAAGGCUCAAGCUCAGAUCAAUACAAUAUUGCAUGGGGAUUCUAGUGAUUCGACUUCAAAAUUGAAAGGACACACCUUUUUGAAGAAUUAUAGACACAUCAAGUAUGUGCUGCGUGAGGUUGAUGAGAAACUAUUAACCCCCGGAGUUAAUGGGAUCUUAAUGGACCUAGGAAUGUCUUCCAUGCAGGUGAAUAAUGCUCAAAGGGGGUUCUGUGUACGUAGUAAUGGACCACUUGAUAUGCGAAUGAAUCCUCGGGCAAGUCUUAAAGCAGAAGACAUACUAAAUUCUUGGCCAGAUGUUGACGUGGGGAGAAUCCUGCGGGAGUAUGGGGAGGAAAGCAAUUGGCACUCCCUUCAGGAUCAAAUUGUUAAGGCCCGUCAAAAGGGUGGAUUGCAUUCUACUGCCGAUCUAGUAGAUCUUAUUCGGAAUUCGACUUCCAGGAGGAAAGGAGGGAGGCAAGGCUGGAUAAAGACAGCAACACGAGUGUUUCAAGCUCUGAGGAUAGCUGUUAAUGAUGAACUAAACACAUUAAAAGAAACGCUUUAUACUUGUUUUGAUUGCCUUGCACCUGGGGGUAGGCUUGCUGUAAUCUCUUUUCACAGUUUGGAGGAUAGGAUUGUGAAACAAACAUUUCUCAACAUUAUUAACAGCGACAGAGGUGAUGAAAACAAAGAAGUGAAAUGCACCAGGGAUUUGAGAGAAAUCAAUGAUGAUGAUGAUGAUGAUGAUGACCAUGAUGGCGAUGAAGAAGCAUGGAUUAGACAGCAGAUACGAGGAUCAAAUGGAAUAAUCCUCACAAAGAGACCCAUAUCACCAUCUGAAGAGGAAGAGAGAUUCAACUGCCGGAGUAGGAGUGCUAAACUAAGGGUGAUUCAGAAAGUCUGAAGAACAGUUCAAAAUUUUUGGUGCAGCCUCCAAUUAGCUAAGUGAAUUACACUCUUGUAAUUUCCCCGAGUCUGAAUAACCCUUUGGCUAUUCAUCCUGAUCUGUCCUCAUCCUCAUUCUCACAGGUAUUACUUGGAAGACAUCAUUACAAAUAAGAGCUUGUUGAAACUCGUACCUUAAAUCCAACGUCCACUUUUUUGUUGAUAUGUAAUUGACUUCAAACUCUUCUCCCUAACCGCUGGAAUUAUUAAUGGAUAUAAAAUCAAUUAUGUUCUUCA